CGGACUGAUGGCGGUCUGUCAUGUGGUAUUGGGAUAGGGCAAAGCGUUAUAGAAUCGAUAGUGAAGCGACUGAUUUUUCAUGUCUAUACAUACCUAAUAAGUUAAAACUAUUUUAUUUGCCGAGAAAUCGCUAAAUUUCUAAACCACGACAGGUAGCUGAUAAAAAAAUAGGAUCUGUUGGUUUGCAAAGACGGAAACGGAUUUAUACGGCUUAAAUAAGACGAAACAGGCUGAGUCUAGAGGUUAUGUUUGACAUUAAUGCGCACACUGUGAGAACAAGAUCAUACAAACUAUACAACUGGUCGUUCAAUAAUAUUUACGAAAUUCAAAUAGAAUACGGAAGUAAAAAGAGCUUUUAAACUAAAUACUGGUGACAUUUUCUGUUUAAUUUCCAUUAUUUAUAAGUCUCUAUCUGUUCAGGUACAAUUCAGGUUCAGGAACUGUGGCUUACAGUUCAGCAAGAGGCAAUAAACAUUUAGCAGAGGUAUGUGUACGCACAACAGCCAAUCCCCCUCAGUGAGAUAAUACCCUAAUCUGAGGGAACCAAGAAAGCACGACUCUAUUUCUUCACAACAAAUUAUGCAUUUUGUAAAAUUUAAGGUAUUGUAUUUCACUCAUUUAAAAUCUGGCACUUUUAAAAGCAUGCAAACGGCUUAAACUGAAACAGGUUAGUAUUUCUGAUAAGACAUUGACCAAACUUCACAAAAAAUUACUUUAAUACAUGUAAGUAGACCUAUAAACAUAACUGAAAUACAGUAUUUAUAAUUCGAAUUUGAAAUUCGUCUUUAACUGAGUGGAAAGAUAAGAAAAUGGAGAAUGAAAGUAAGACCUGAACACAAAUUACAGAGUUACAUUAUCUCAGCAAAAGUUACAGAGUUACAUUAUUUCAACAUAAGUUACACAGUCACAUUAUCGCAACAUAAGUUUACACAGUCACAUUAUCGCAAACUAAGUUACAGUCACAUUAUCGCAACAUAAGUGACACAGUCACAUUAUCGCAACAUAAGUUACACAGUUACAUUAUCUCAACAUAAAUUACACAGUUACAUUAUCUCAACAAAACCCGUACAAAACACAUAUUUAUACAGCGAACUCACGAACAUACAGUAUGAACACAGUACAGUAGUAGUUUCAAUAAAGCUUAACUUUUUAUAGACAUAAAUGCAAAUUGAAAGCGUAAUAUUUAAUACAUGCGAUUUAUUGUGGUGUAUACGAAUGUUAUCUGGACUGAAGUGCUAAACCUGGAAUCACGUAUAUUAUUGUCACAUUAUCGCAGAUAACUUAAUAUAUUAGCAGUAUGAAUCCGUUUCCGUCUACUUUAGAUCCUUUUUUUCUAUAAACCGGAUGGCUGACAGGCCACUGGGUUAUUUGCAAUAUAAAUCUCUCGAUUUCUCGGCAAAUACUUGUCCAAUUUGUAUACCUACCUAUAAUGUAUGUAUAGACCUGACGGAAUCUGUGCACAAAGGAAGUAGUUUGAUAUUGUUUUGCCCCGUCCUUCUACUUCAAGCUGACAGGCGGUCAUCAAGCCGUCAGUCGUCAGGGUAGGCCGUCCCCACUACACCGAAACCUAAAAUAGGUCUGAAUGACAUGGGGAAUUUACGUUGGUCCUCCAUCUUGAUUUGCUUUUUUUGUUGAGAAUUUGUUAUGAUAAAAAGUGAGAUUAUUACUUGCUUAGUGACUUUAAACACGUCCCAUGGUUUGACAUCAUGGGAGUUCUGUGUUCCAAGCUGAUCUCCUGCCUUAUCAUAGCUAUUAUCUGUCUUUUUGAUUUUGCACGAACACUUCAUUCAUGUAAUGUUACCCUAGAAUACUGGGAUCCUGCCGUGAAUCAGUGUUCAGGAUGCUCAAGAAUAUGCGAUUAUGGACAUCAAAAUGACAUGAUGUGUCAGAAGAAUUGUCAGGAUUACUUGGCACAUUUACGCAACAGAACUGUUACAGUUACCACAACAGAUACUCCCAUGACUUCAGCAACGGAUUCGCAGAUGAAUUAUCUUAUUAUUGGGCUGGCUGUUUUAUUGCUGAUAGCUUUUUUCUGUCUACUAGUUAUUGCUUACUGUAAACGAGGAAAAAUACGCAAUUGGAUAAAAAGUAAGACUCUGACAACCAGGGGCCCCAUCGACCAGCCAACAGACGGAGCAGGGGAGCCAAUGCAUGGUGUGACUGUAGACGUAGAGCACCAGCAGGCUGAAUUUCACCGUGUUCACGACGCAGACUAGAUUGCCUUCGACUUUCCAUGCACCAGUCCAUUGUACCAUAUUCCAAAGAUUGGACCAAACUCGAUCUACUUGUAUUUGCCUAUAUACUUUCAUAUAAUCGGAGGUAAUAGUGGUUGACGAAAUACACCUGUUAACUGACCUACAUGUAUUUGAUGGCGAUCGAGCUGUGAUGAAGGAAGCGAGGAACAUGUUCAGUUCACGUGACUAUAGCACAGUGGAAAUUCUCGAUUUGGACUUUUUAGUGUUCAGCUGGCGGUGGAAAGUCUUUUACCAAACUAUCAGUUUUUUUUCUCGCUUUUGUUCUGCUGAACAUCUCAGUUGACUUACAUAAGUAGUUUCUGGUCUAUAGAUAAUCUAUUAAAUAUCUAUUAAAUAGUGUUAAUAAAAACAAAUACUAUAGGUUGUUUGACACUAACAGAUGAAUCACCAUCAUCUAUGCAAGACGGAUGCAAGGAAAAUCACUCAGCAAACUUUUUAUAAUCAUUGCCGCCUCUGACAGGGGCGUUAUAUAGCCCCUAUAUCGUUGACUGCCGUUAUCUUGGAUUCCGUGUUAUGCACACCUCUGAAUGCUUGUGGUUAGAAUAAGAAUGAAAAGUGUGAGAUCUAGGGGUAAUUUAAAUAUAAAUAUUUGGAUGGAUGUUCUGUAAUGACCCAGACAGAUGUUGAAAUAUGGCCAGAAUGAAUGCUAUACAGCUGUCAUAGCCACAAAACUCAAUUUGUCCUCCAAUUAAAUUGUUUUUAUUAUCAAUGACCAUUUGCAGCACUAAUACUGUACGAACGAAGGUGCUAAAUGCUCGAUACUGCUGUACAGAAGCCCGAUACCGCUGUACAGAAACUGUGCUAACUACGGGGUUCAGUAUCUAACCUUACACGAUUUAAAGCUACCAGGAUAUGAUAUUGUGAUCUGCAUCUGAUCUCUUUGUUAAUUUGUAGGAUUUUGUCACAUGAAGCAUUGAUAAUUUCCCAUUAUUACAUUGACAUUCUCCUACACAAAGAAAGGCAUGAUGUAUUCAACAGGUAUUGUCUCGUGCCGUUUUUACAGUUCGCUCUCUGCCCUACCGUAAAUGACACAGUCUGACUGGCUCUGCUUGGUUUCCUCCCACUAUAAUGCUUAAAGAGAUCAUAUCAUAUGUAUCACUUAAUGAAUAAAAAAGUCGUUUUAUAUUUCGAUACUACA